ACAAAUAAAUAAAGUCAUUGCAAAAUAAGGAAUUUGGGGCAAAAGUUCAAACUGGAAUAAUUGUCCCGUUACUUUUCUAUUUAAUUCCAAACGCAUAUAAACAGUGAUUGCCAACGUCCUAGAUAAACGUGUAGUGUGUCAGUGUGUAACAAGUUAACCUUAUCCUUUCAAAAUGAUAAAUAUACUCGAAUUUAUUUUUCUAAGUUUAGCACUUGCAGUAACUUUCACCGGUAUUUUGAUAUCGAAAUACGAGAAACAUGUGCCUGCAUUUAUUAUAAAAGGGUAUAAAUACGGUAGUUUCGCUUACCAAGGGUCGGGCGGAAACUUCUUGGAGGCUAUAGAGAUAUCAAAAGCGUACUAUAGACAUUUCUACCUGUUUUCGUCAAUUCUCAGCGUAGCUACUUUGGGAUACAUGAUUCUGGUGUAUUUCUUGGGUUUUGGAGUGAACCGGUUCGUCGCUGCUAUUCUAAGACUCAUAUUGGAGCAAGAUGUUCCUUCAGUAUCCGCAACAGCAGCUCUGGUUGCGAUGUCAUUGCUCGCAGUGCAAUGUGCUCGGCGGUUCUACGAAACAUACUGCCUGCAGGUCUUCGCCAAGUCCAGUAAAAUGAACCUCAGCCACUACUUAUCAGGGAUCAUCCAUUACUUUGGCUGCAUUGUCACUGUCAUUGGACAGGCUCCUCUGUUCUUAGGCAAUCAAUCCAGAGACAGUAUAGCAUGGAAUGACACCUACACCACAUUAAUAUCAAUACCAUGCAGCAUUAUAUUCCUAUGGUGCUGGUAUGAACAAUACCAAAGUAACGUGAUAUUCGCCAAUCUUCGAAAAGACAAGAAAUCUGGAAAGGUGGUCACAGAAGACCAUAAGAUACCUCAUGGAAGAUGGUUUGAAAGAGUGUCAAGUCCCCAUAGAAUGUUGGAACUUAUAAUGUACACCAUUUUAGUUGUUUUAAUACCAACUAGGACAUUCUUUUGCAUUUACUUAUGGGUGCUGAGUAAUCAGAUUCAAACAGCUCAACAAGCUCAUGACUGGUACAAGAAAACGUUCAAAGACUACCCUUCAAAUAGAAAAGCGAUAAUUCCAGGCGUUUUAUAAAUUAUCGCAUAACAAUAAUAAGACUGAAAACGAAAUUAUAUUGGAGGCUCAGGUAUGGGGUAAUUUUAACAAAGUAAUAUAAUUAAUGAUGCAUUUUGUAACAUUUUGGUACAAAUAUGCAAAAAAUUCGAAAUGGAGGCUAAACACAAAUAUUUAUAACUAUUUAUUUUAUUAUUAAGUAACUAAAUUAUUAAUACAAUACCAUUGUAUUUAAGCACGCGGUUUACACUUAAAACUAAAUAAAGAUAUAUUUUUCGUUACAA